AAUGUCAAGUCAAACUGUCCAAAAAGGUGUUUAUGUGAUGAAAUCAAGUGAAUUUGGGAUUAACGAUCAUAUUUUAUAGGAAAUAGUUUCCUGUUCUGUACCUUUCUGUUUUGUUAGUCAUUGGUCAGGUUCUGAAAAUCUUUUCCACAAAUCAUGUCGGAUCGCUUAAACCACACAAAGAGCGAGUCAAACGAAGAAAUUAUAGACGAUCUAACAAAAUCGUUUAAGAACGCCUUAGAAAGUGGAAAAAAUACCAAUAACAAAAUUGAUGAGUUCGUUAUUGAACGUGAUAAUGAUGAAGGCACUGCAUCUUCUGCAGGCAAACCUUGUAAAGACGAAAUGCCACAUGAUAUAGAAAGAGACUUUGAUGAUGAUGAAGAUGAAGAAGAUCAAAGAAACCAUAACAACAAAAAUGAUAACAUGAAUGAAGAAGAUGAUGCAGAUAGCAUUGAUGAAACGCAGCUCAAAGAUGCAGAAAUGGACCUGACAGAUGACCAGAAAGCUGAGAGGAAAAUCAUUGCAGAAGAGUUAAAAGUGGCUGGCAAUAACGCUUUCAAAGUUGGUGAAUAUGAAAGGAGUGCAGAAAAAUACACUGAAGGGUUAAAAAUUUGCCCACUUCAAUUUAGCCAGCAACGAGCGAUUUUAUACUGCAACAGGAGUGCCGCCAAAAUGAAAAUGGAAAAAUACAAACAUGCCAUCAAAGAUUGUACAAAAGCAAUAGAAUUAGAUGACAAAUACUUGAAGGCCUACAUCAGACGAGCACAGUCUUAUGAAGCUACUGAGAAACUAGACGAAAGUUUAGCAGACUACAAGAAGAUACUCGAGCUGGACCCGUCACACAAAGAGGCCAGAGCCGCUGAAGUCCGUUUACCGCCCCUCAUAGAAGAGAAGAAUGAAAAACUUAAACAAGAGAUGAUGGGUAAACUGAAGGAUCUCGGUAAUAUGAUAUUGAAACCAUUCGGUUUGUCAACAGCGAACUUUCAACUAGAACAAGACCCUGAGACCAAAGGUUAUAAGAUAAAUUUCAAACAAUAAUAAUGAAAGAUUUCUAUUGUAGACUGAAAAUUAUAUAUUUAUUUAAGAGUAGCGAUCCGUUUUUAUUUUGAUUUGUGAUACAGUGAUGGGUAGGUAGUGCUUAUUAGCCUUAAUUUC